CCCCAGAAGAUAUUUUUUUCCUUCGAGCCCAGAAAUAAAAACAGAAGAAAAUAAUUGGCUUUCGAGAACUCCCUUCUCCUCCUAUAAAUCCAAUUCCCCAACCCUCCCCCAUUUAUUUUUUGGACGGUCUCCUCUCUCUAUCCUCUCCCUCCGUCUCUAACUGAUCUACGACCGUCCAUGCGAUAGAUCUCCGGCGAUGGACGCCGAUGGGGCCGGAUCCGACGGCUCCUGUUACUACUCCCUCCUCGGGAUUCGGCGGAACGCCUCCUCCUCCGAUAUCCGCACCGCUUAUCGCAAGCAAGCCCUGAAAUGGCAUCCGGACCGGUGGGCGAAGGACCCGACCGCGAUGGGGGAAGCGAAGCGGCGAUUCCAGCGGAUCCAGGAGGCCUACUCCGUUCUCUCCGACCAGGGCAAGCGCGCCAUUUACGACGCCGGCCUCUACGACCCCCUCGAGGAGGACGACCAGGAUUUCACUGAUUUCAUGCAAGAAAUGCUGGCGAUGAUGGAUAGCGUGAAAACGGAGAUCAGCCGUCCAUCCAGUUCUGCCGUCCGGUAUUGGUGAGGGCAACGUUGAACGCGGAUCUAGGUCCCCGUGCGGGCACCGUUAGUUCCGUCUUGGAGAUGCCGAAAAUGCCCUUUCGAGGGGUAUGGUGGGAAUGAAAUAUAAACAUCGAGGCUGAUUUAUUGCUUUAAUUUUUUGUUAUUUUUGGUGGAUAAAAUGGGAAGAAGCCGGAUAGCUUGGAGGACCUGCAGAAGAUGCUGGCGGACAUAGUGAACGGCGACGGUCGGGCCACCGGGUUCGGCUCGGCCCACCACAGCGACGCGAGCCGAGGGGCGUCCGAUGCCUCGAAGAGGACGCGUGUCGCGCCUCGCACUGCGAUGCGUCGGUGAUCGUUCUUUGGGUCUGAUGACUCUGACCUUGUGUACUUGAAUGGAAUUAACAUUGUAUGGUCCAUUUAAAUUUAAUUUACAGCCUCCAGUCUUAUUCGUGUCUCGAGUGUUAAUUGGACGAUUCUGGAACGUCUGAUUGCAAUCUCUGGAAAUUCUAAUAAGUCCCAUGUUUUUAAUAU